AUGGCUGCGGCGCUUACGAUGACACAGACGGCUCAGACGAUGGCACACACGGCACUCAAGACCAUCAACAACGCCCAACAACAGCUCCACAGCAUCACAGGUACACUACAGACAGAUGUGUGUCCGUAUGCAAUGCAUACAUACAUCUAAGCUUCGGUUGUAUUCCCUCCCUCACUCUCUGUCUGUGCUGUCUGUCUAUGUGGGUGAACGGUUCACCUGUCUGUAGGCAUGAAGUUCGACUGCUCGUCGCUCAAGACUAAGGAGGAGUGCAUGCGGGACAAACAUGAAAACCCCUGCACCGGUGGUCCCGGGUCUCAGGCUCCCUCAAACUGCGCGUGGGGCCAUUACAAGCCCGGUAGGCGAGGAUAUUCACGACCAACGUGGAAGGACGAGUGUUACUGCGAGCGCGACUAACACACUUGCUAAUCGGCCGCUCUUAGCUCUAGCCGUAGAAGAAUCAAUCAACCCAGGGAGAGAGGGGGGUUACUACAGCUGUCUGUAUCCAUCUCUCUCUCUGUGCACAUAACAUACCUACACACCUGCCUGCUGCCUAGACGGACUGACUGCCUCUGCGUGCGAAGAGGGAUAGAUGGACGGACUGAUGCGUGUGUGGGUGGCGGUGCGAAUGAUGACUGGCUUCACGGCUGGCUUGAUGGCCUGUCUGUCUGUGUGUCGUGCCUGCCUGCCUGCCUGCCUGUGUGUGGGUCGCUCUUCUCGAACGUACGUACCAAUCGAGGGCUCUGCUCAAGGGAGGGAGGGAUGAACUGAUGCGUGCGCAUGUGUUUGUCGUGCCGGCAUGACUGUCUGUCUGGCUGUCUGUCUGUCUGUCUGUCUGUAGAUACAGAUUUCUCAAAUGUCUAUAUAUCGGCCGACCGGUCUUGUGGACGAUGGCCAACUGAAUGAACGAAACACACACACAUGUACGUCAGUGUGUAGUCACCACAGGGUGAGUGAAGAUCUCUUCACA